CGGUGAGAGCUAGUCGUGGAGAGCGGACUUUAUCGUGCAGAGACUUAUUCGGGGUGCUCACUCGACGUGUCACAGGACUGCUCGACUUGAUUGGGCAUUAAUAAGCUAAAGUGACGGCAAUCAAACGCUCCGGGAGCUGGCCCGAUGUAAACCUCGGCGAGACAGUCUCCUCUCUCAAAAUCACCGGUAAUCGUCGUCCAGAUAGGACGGAAAGUGAGUUUGAAAAAUCAUCCAAAAGGAUAUAAAAAAGUCCCCAGUCGUCCUCGGGCCUUCGAUACCCCUCAACCUGGACUUUCCCUCCGCUUCCAAGAGACACCAUUGCGCCACCAGCCUAGUGAUUCGUUUUUGCUCCAUUUCCCUAUCGGCUAGAGGACAUAACGCGUCUGCAAUCCGCAGCUCAGCCGAAGUGGGUCGUCCUCUUCCGAUGACCCCGGAAGGUUCCGUUCAUCCUCGGGUCCCAGCAUCGCAAUGCACUUCCGGGAUGACGCCAGGUCGCCGGUGGGUGUUGCUUCUGGGGUUGUUGGGCUCGGCCUCAGGGACGUAUCCUGGACGAGCGUCCACCCUCGGAAGGACGACGUCCCCGCGCCUGCGCGACGCCGGCUGCGUGGACGUCUGCGCCGCGGAGUUUCGCACCCUGUGCAGGGCCGUCUGCACUCUCGGCGUCUCGGAGGCUCCUCAGUCUGGGGCCGACCUCGGCCACGGCGAGAUCUCCUCUCUGGACUGCCGGAAGCUGUGCCGGUGCGUCCCCGUGGAGGAGGCCGAGGAGUGUCGCCGCUUGCAGAGGGUAAGGCUCGCCGGAGAGGGAUGUCCUUGCGGCGCCUUCGAAGCGUCCUCGGACCGACUCGGAGUCCUGGAUCGACUGGGUCCGGGGGGUGAAAACCGACCCUCGACCCCGAAGACCUACCCCGAAGAGCAGACCGGGUUGAACCUCGUCCUGGGGGCCGGGGAGGAUGACAUGGAGCGCGUCCUGCGGUUCUUGUCCAUCGAGAGGGUUUGGCGAUCUCGCCUGUUCGAGGACCCACGCGUUGAGGUCUCCGGCCUCGCCAGGACCCGCGAGCGGAGACCGCCCUCGGAAUCCUUGGACCUGGAUUCCCAAAUAGACGGUAGGGAUAACUUGGGAGUCGGUGGAAGUCUCCUUGACAUUCUGGACGCCGAUCUGCCGGUCGGGGAGAAUCUGCUCGAAGAUGCUGCCGGAAAUGGCAUCGUUCCUCCCGAACCACCGGGAAACGAUAAUGGCGUCAACUGGGAAAUGUGGUGCAUGGUCCAAUGCGGAAGCGGGAAUGGCGGCAGUGCUUGCAACUGCGAUAUCAUUCCUUGAACCAGGAAUAUGUGGAUUAACUUAUCGUAACGUUUCGGUGGCUUGUAUGAAAUAUCGUUUGCUUGGAUCUGAUACACGAUGGGCGGAAUUCAACUCGGUGAUGCUCUUGUAUUUCGGGCUUUGUAUGUUUAUGGACCAAUUGGGAUAUGCAUAUCAUAGUAGAAAAUUGCAUAUCGGUGGGAUUGAUUUUUUUCCAAGAGUUUGAUACUUGGAAUAUAUGAUGGAGAUAUCAGAGGCCGAUGGAGUGGUCGCGGGAUUAUUUUGCAGAAACUGUAGAAGGAAAACACCGCAAGGCCCGAUGUUGACUUAUUUAAAAAAUGAAUUGCGGGUCGGAAUCGACAUGCGAGCGGGACGAUUAUUACUGGGAGUACGGUGUAAUGUAUGAUCCAGGAUAACAAUGGAAAUGUCAGUAGAAGACCCGACUGCGACAUUAUACCCAGGAAUGGAGAUUCGUCAGAAAUGAAUUUACAUAUCCUUUUAGCGUUAGGAGUCGUUCUGGUCGGUUCGCCGGGUCGAUUGGUAAAUUUCGUUCGAUAGUGUUGCAAUUAUUUUCAAGAAGUACCAAAAUCAAGCUAAAAUUACAGGAGGCGAUUUUCAAGAAAUCUCAAGGCUUAUAGAUAAAUAGAGCAACUGGAAUUACCUUCGCUUAUACAACGUCCAUCAUCCUCGAAAAUGAUAGCAAGGAUGUUAUCACAAGUUAGAUUCUUCAUCAGAUCAUUAAUAUCUGGAUUAACAUGUAAAUAAAAAAAAAAAAUGCUCUCAAGGCUUCGAGAAAUUUGCCAAUCGGACGUAAACUGCGCUUCGUCAAUCGUAGAUUGUUUAUGUUCAACUCAUACCUUGAAAUCUUUUUAAGAGGUAGCGGAUAAGAGCGUGAAUAUUAAACAUCAUUACUUUCCCUGAUUACUUAGGCUUAGCGUUGCAAAACCGACGCCGGAGAUGGUUAUCCAUUUUGCAAUUGAAUUUACGUCUAGCGUAGUUUUAAGGUACUUUAGCGAAUCUAUGCUGCUUGGCGCCAUUAUUUAAUUACGUCAAGGGAUUAUAAGUAAGUGUCUCAUAAAUUGUCUAUACUUUGCGUCUCUCGAGGACGAGAAAUGUCGAGCCUUAAUGUUUAACCUUAACAAUGGGAGUUAGGAUAUAAUUUCAACCCGUAGAUUAAUGGCGACCAAGUCGUCCGAUUUUGUAUAUCUAUAUCUCCUAGCGUGUUAACACGACCGCGGGUGUGCAAUAUGUGUAUUAUGCAAUAAACCAUACAUGUACUAUCCACGCGCGAAUGCAUAUACCAAUUGUGCUCUGUACUUGUAUUCGCGAGUGGUCGCUAAGGUUAGGUUAGGUUAAGACUUUUCGCAGUAUAUUAACCGCGCACCUUUUUGCACAAUGUUAAUAAACGCGAGACACAAAAUCCAAGUCUUCCAGAUUGACAUAGCGACGUCGAUUGCGAUUCCUCGUAAUCCCUAUCGGCGUAGCGAUUAGUUAAUAAGUUAACGGCGGCCAAUAUGGCGCCGAUUUGCAUAUUUUAAUUUUUAAUAAGGCCACGCCACCGAACAAGUUGUGACGCGACAAUAAAACGUAGAUUUUAGUAAGCCCUUGCGAAGCGUCGAUUACUCGGAGGGAAUUAUACAGACCGGUCCAGAGAAUUUUUUAAUGUUUAAACAAUCGUUCCUGUAUCAUUCCAUCCGCGUGUCGUGCCUUUUCGACAUCGAGCCUCGAACGCGAAAAGAAUUUUCACUUAUCCCCUUAACAUUAUUCCUGGAUUGUCCACGUAAGGUGAAUAAAGGGUUAGACGAUAGCUUUGUUAAACAAUGCAGUUUUGUUAAAUGCGGUUCUCGAUGUCGGAAGGGCAUUCGCUUAAGAGCCUUGAUAAUUCAUUGCGAAGGUCGCGGAUGUAAGCGCACUUUUGUCUGUAAAUAUUUAUAUGGGAAAAGAGAAGAAAAGAGAAAAAAAGAACAACCGGAACGACAAUAUCAUUAUUAGAGAGUAAGAUUGCAAAUGCGACUCUAAGAUGGAACAUCGUCGCCCGAAUAUCAUAAAGUUGCAUGCGUUGGAUUUUUAUACUAUACUAGAUUUAGUCAUGCCAUUUUACAAUUUAUUCUAUACUCUUGGUGAGGGUACGAUAAUUCAUAAUAAUCGAUAAGGGUCUUCCUCGGGAUUCAAUAAUAGGGAUGCUUCCCUCUUACUGUCACUCUGACUUUUUAAUUCUAUAUGCUCAUUUUUUUUAUGUGACAGGGAUCACUCGAGUCGUGUAAAUAACGUGAUAAAUAAUUAUCUGGUAUCGAGGCCGUUACUAAUCUUUUGUCACCCUGUAUAAUAAAGGAUGUGGUAAUUGGAA